GGUUGUAUGAAGAAUGGGCUCCAGUACUCAUCAGGAGCCACAUAUCGAGAGAACUGCAACCUCUGAGGAUACAAGUAACAUCGCAGAUAUGACAGUAUAUCGCAAAGUGAAAAGGAGGGAGGGAUUGAAAACAGUUGGCCACCAGGAAAAGAGUACUGAGCAGAUAAUUUGAACUGAAAGCUGACAAGUCCCCACACCCGAUGGACUUCAUCUUAAAGAAAUGGCUGCUGACACUUGCAGCAGUGGCCAAUGGGAUUGUGAGCAGCAUAUGUGUCUCAUCAACCAGGAAAUGAUCCACAACAUCAAUCGAGGAAAUUAUGGAUGGAGGGCUUCAAACUACAGCCAGUUCUGGGGAUUGACUCUGGAUGAAGGAAUCCGAUACCGAUUGGGUACCAGGCGACCCUCAAACACAGUGAUGAACAUGAAUGAACUCAACAUGAAAAUGGACAGUAAUGACCUCCUGCCUCGAUACUUCAAUGCAGCAAAUAAAUGGCCAGGGAUGAUCCAUGAACCCAUGGACCAGGGAAACUGUGCAGCCUCCUGGGCCUUUUCGACAGCAGCUGUGGCAUCUGACAGGAUCUCCAUCCAGUCCAUGGGGCACAUGACAGCAGCAUUAUCUCCACAGAAUCUUAUUUCAUGCAACACCCGGAACCAACAAGGCUGUCAUGGUGGGCGGGUCGAUGGCGCCUGGUGGUACCUGAGACGGCGUGGGGUGGUGUCAGAUGCCUGCUACCCAUUCUCCAACUCUGAGAAGCAGCAACUUAGCAGCCAGUGUAUGAUGUCCACUCGCUCAGCUGGCCGUGGCAAGAGACAGGCAACGAUGCCUUGUCCCAAUCCCUACAGCCACACAAACCAGAUCUAUCAAGCCACUCCGCCUUACCGCCUCUCUAACAAUGACAAGGAAAUCAUGAAAGAAAUAAUGGAGAAUGGGCCUGUGCAAGCAUUGAUGGAAGUACAUGAAGACUUCUUUGUGUACAGGAGCGGAGUUUACAGACACACACCAGUAAUGGCUGAAAAACCAGAGACAUUCCGCAGACAUGGGACACAUUCGGUUAAAAUCACAGGGUGGGGUGAAGAGCAAGGACAUGAUGGACAGAUUCGCCAAUACUGGAUUGCUGCUAACUCUUGGGGAAGGGAUUGGGGCGAGAAUGGUUACUUCAGGAUUGCUCGGGGUGAGAAUGAGUGUGAUAUUGAAACCUUCAUCCUCGGUAGCUGGGGACGAGUGACCAUGGAGGACAUGCUUCACAAGUGAAUUCUGUGGCAAGCUAGCUGUGACACUCAGGACAGUGUACGCCGAGUUUGGAGGAGACACCUUCAUCAAGUUUCCCUUUUUCCUCAGUCUGCUCUCAAAGAUUCAGCAAAGAUGCAGUGUUAAAUGGACUUUCAUCAACAACACAGAUUAUGUCAGUUAUCACACAUCAGGAUAAAGCUUGUGCCUUACCAAAGAACUUCACUUCUUGUGAGUGGAGCUCAUUUUCUUGUGGACACACUCCUAGGGAACAUUGCCAUGCAAUGAUAGUGAACAAGAAGACAGGAAAGAAUGAGCAUCAUGCUCAGCUGGUGUGACAGGUCAAGGGGAGAGGGCCACUGGUAACCAUGGCAACUGACAAUCAGUGCACCAACCAAGAGAGGAAGUUCAGUCCAUUAUUAAUAUCCUACCAUCCAUGAGGACUGGAAGUAUCAAAUAUCAAGCCUCCUGUCUCCCUGGGUACCUCAUUUGGACCUGACAACAACGGAGAUUCUCAUUGGUGAUCUAGUGUAGGGGUGUGGCACAAUGCAAUGGUAACAGGCACAAAACCAUAAGGGAUGCUGGGAAACAGCAAUGGUAUCCAAAUGGUCACUUCCUCUGUAGGUAACUUCACUCUCAGGGCAGGGUUUCAGAUUCAAGUCUAGAAUUUGUAAGGUUUUCACAUUCUGAACAAUUAUAAUUGGCAUCUGUUAGGCACCAUUUUACAUUACAAAAUGGACUCUAAUAUCAACUGCACCAUACGCACGUGUACAUGGUUACUGAAUAUUUUUUACUGAUCCAGAGAAAGCUCUGAUUUACACAUCAGUAGAAGUGAAAAGUAAAAUUAUCCAUAUUUCCAUUCACCGUUUAGAGCACAAUUUGAAAAUUAGAGCCAAGUUAUCCAGCAUCAACAACAAGAAACACCUUUGUUUUUACCCAAAGGCCACCAGGCAUCUGGAAUUUGCUCCUCAAAGCUGUACAUUCAGGGUCGCUCCAAAGUUUUUGCACUUGAUCUUAGGAUAUUUUUGUUGGGUAAGGAUAUUAAGAGACAGUGGAGCAAAAGCAGGUAAAUAGAGUUGGGGUACCAGUCAGCCAUGAUCUCAUUGAAUGGCAGAAAGGACUGCAGGUCCUCCUCACACUAGAUGAGCUAAUCUGUUGGCAUCAGAUUCAGGCUGAAGAAGAGAUUUACUUGGAAUGGUUUAUAGAAAUGAAGAUGUUCAGUGAACGUGGAGAAGUUGGGGGUUCCUUAGAGCACAGAAGUUUCCGUGAGAUAACAGUGUUAAGAAUCAUAUGGAAUUUUGGUGGUAUAAAUGACUACAAACCAAUUAGAGUGGCAGUUGGGUGUGUAACUUGAGGAUAUCGAUUUAUGUUAAUUGGUAGGAGGGAUGAACAAUGCUUGGUGUGGCAAUUUAUCAUCGUCUGGAGUGUGCUGCCUGAAAAGGCAGGGAAUCAUUCACCAACAAAUGGGAAUUAAUUGAAAAGGAUUAGAGGAUAAAGCAGGUGAAUGGAUCUGAUUAAAUUGCUCAGAGACCCAACAUAAGUACAAUGGUCCAAAUGGCCCCCUUCUCUGUGUUAUGAUUAUAUGGCAAAUCAUCACUAAUUGUGCCAUAACAUGGUUCAAAUUCCAGAUUGCAGAGGGGGUGAAGUUUGGCCUCCAACUGUUCCCAGUGUAUUCUACUAUAUCUUGCUAUUUGUCACGUGGCAGCUAGAUUAUCAAGUUUAUAUAUUUUUACCACGUUCCACAAAUGUUGAUCUUACUUAAUAAACAUUUAUGUCUGUUAUAAAUGUAAAAAUAAAAUAAAUUGGUAAAAAUGACAUCUA